GAUUGACAUACUGUACCCCUCAUGGCCUCGGGGCCUCAGCAGUCAGAACUGAGCAGUAAUCAAAGCAGACACACAGGUCGAACUUUAUUAUCAACCAUUCGAUAGCAGCUGCGCGAACAGCCACAGGUCCUCCAAAAACAGUGUACAGGAAAGAGCUGCAAAAUCAAAAACAGCUUUUAGGGCAGCUGGAACACUGUGGCUUCCUCUGGGCCUGGAGAGUUGGCGUUAAGCUUUUCACGGUUGACACAAGAAGAUAUUUUUUUCCUUUGGCUAAAUUCUAAUUCCAGGGCUUUUGUGAUGCCGGUGUGGUGAACUGAAGCUGAUGACUUGACGAAGGACUUGGAAGUUUGUCGGCUUUUCUGCACAUUCAUUUGUCCGGCCAAGAUCCAAACCCAGGGUGAGAGACUCAGCUGGACAGCAGAGACUUUAAGUUUGAGGACCAAGUGAUUUUCUGACCCCACUGGUCCGUAGUGUUCCCAUAAUGGGGAAAACUGGGCAGAGUACGGUGGACUUAAACUCCCCAACAGAGGUCAAACAAGCAAUUCCCUUUGAGGAACUGGAUGGUGUGGCGCCACCUGCAGACGGAAAGAAGACAAAAGAGGAGCCACCUGACAGGGGAAGCUGGAAGGGCAAGUUUGAUUUCCUGCUGUCAUGCGUGGGAUACGCCAUUGGUUUAGGAAAUGUCUGGAGAUUCCCUUAUCUGUGUGGCAAGAAUGGAGGAGGAGCCUUCCUGAUCCCGUACUUUAUGACGCUGGUGUUUGCUGGGAUACCUCUCUUCCUCCUGGAGACGUCUCUGGGACAGUUCACCUCGGUGGGAGGGCUGGGUGUAUGGAAACUCAUGCCUAUGAUGAAAGGUGUUGGUCUGGCUGCAGUGGUGCUGUCUUUCUGGCUCAACAUCUACUACAUUAUCAUCAUUGCCUGGGCGCUCUACUACUUAUUCAACUCCUUUGGUUCGGAGCUGCCUUGGCAAAGCUGUGAUAACCCCUGGAACACGGAGAAAUGUUUUUCAAACUACAGUCUGACAGACACCACCAAUUUGACCAGCGCUGUCACUGAGUUCUGGGAGCGUAACAUGCACCAGCUGUCUGGUGGUCUAGAGGAGCCAGGAGAGCUACGCUGGCCCUUAGUGGGCACUCUGGCGCUGGCGUGGGUCCUUGUCUACUUCUCAAUCUGGAAAGGAGUCGAGUGGACGGGGAAGGUGGUGUAUUUCUCCGCCACUUAUCCUUACUUCAUGCUGUUCAUCCUGUUCUUUCGAGGGGUCACUCUGCCCGGAGCCAUUGAUGGGAUCCGCUUCUACAUCACUCCAGACUUCAAAAAACUCAUCCGAUCUGAGGUGUGGCUGGAUGCAGCAACCCAAAUCUUCUUUUCCUACGGCCUGGGCCUGGGCUCGCUCAUCGCACUGGGAAGCUACAACUCUUACAACAACGACGUCUACAAGUUAGGGACACAAAAUCACAAGCAUUAUCUAUCUUUUUCUUUUCUUUUUUUCCCUCCUUUCAUUCAUAACUGUUCAUGUUGUUCCUCUCUCUUCAGGGACUCCAUCAUAGUGUGCUGCAUCAACUCCUGCACGAGCAUGUUUGCUGGUUUCGUCAUCUUUUCCAUCGUAGGCUUCAUGUCCUACAUCACUAAGAAACCUGUGCAGGAAUUAGCAGCAUCAGGGCCAGGUCUGGCUUUUUUGGCUUACCCUCAGGCUGUCACCCAGCUGCCCAUGUCCUCUCUAUGGGCCAUCCUCUUCUUCUCCAUGCUCAUGAUGCUGGGCCUGGACAGCCAGUUCUGCACAGUAGAAGGCUUCAUCACAGCUCUGAUGGAUGAAUACCCCCUGGUGCUGAGGAAGAGGAAAAAGGUCUUCAUCCUCAUCGUCUGCUUCAUCUCCUUCAUCAUCGGCUUCUCCAACAUCACACAGGGAGGUCUGUACGUGUUCAAGCUCUUUGAUUACUACUCUGCCAGUGGGAUGUGUCUUCUCUUCCUGGUCUUCUUCGAAACCGUCUCCAUAGCCUGGUUUUAUGGAGCUGAAAGGUUUUAUAAGAACAUCGAGGACAUGAUCGGCUAUCGGCCAUGUGGCUGGUGGAAGCUCUGCUGGAUGUUUUUCACGCCGAUGAUCUGCCUGGGGGUGUUUACCUUCAGUGCCAUCGAGAUGACCCCUCUGACCUUGGGGAAGUAUGUCUACCCAAUGUGGGGCCAAGUGAUUGGCUGGCUCAUGGCUUUGUCCUCUAUGAUACUGAUCCCAGGCUACGUCAUCUUCAUGUUCUGCACCACCAAGGGCAGCAUCAAACAGCGUUGGCGGAGGAUGACAACUGCCCAGGAGGAUGAAAAGCCAUCGGGGCAUGAAGAAUUUACACACACAGGGAGCGUGGGCGAAGCUCCGGUCUAGCCAGGAUUGUUCAGGUCGAAAUAAUCUGAUUGCCAUUUCCCCUGUCUGCCAGGAUUUACUGUGGUUGACAUUGAAAUUUGACAAUUGAGCAGAUGGGAGUCUUGUACAGUGUUUUACGAUGACGUUUUCCACCAUCUUACAUUGUGCCAAAAAAAGAUUUGGCAAAUAAAGGAGGAGGAUGAGGAGGCACUUUUGAUAAAUUUAGAUAGAAUACAUCCUUUUGUAGUAAAACCUCUAACCACAAAUUUUAUUUUAUAGAUUAGCACUGAAUCUGUGUACAUAUACCAUUGUGAAUGUAAAUCUUCCCCCCUACUUGUAAAUUUUUCUUUACCUCUCAACAAAAUCACUGUGAAUGUGAAUGUGAUGAAAGCUGUACAGGCUAUUUAACAUCAGCUGUUUCUCAGUUAACACGGCUUUGAGAUACUUCAAGUUAUAAAGGAUGUUGUAUAAUCUCAAGUAUUAGCCUUCAUGGUGGUUUGUUUAAUUCAAUGAUUAAAAAAAUGUAAAUAUAAUUGUGUCACUAUAGUAAGUAUAUUAUAUGUUUUUUUAAUUAAAUUAAAUGAGCAUUUUUCAUACAGUGGAUGAUGAGAAAGUGUUAAACUUAUGUCAGUUUGGGGAAUAUGCAAAAUGACAUGUAUGUAAGAUUGCCUCAUGUCAAUAAAAACAAAUGUACACAAAUCUA